AUGCCGGCUGAACUAAACGCUGAACAGAGGAAGGCUCUCGAAGAUGAGAUCAAAGUGAUGGGAGAUGAGAUCCGCAAACUGAAGACCGAGAAAGCCGAUCCGGCUGUUAUGUUCCGAACAUUGGCGAGUAAACUGGCGUUUUCUAUCCGGUUAUCGGAAGAGACAGUAGUGAAACCGCGGAUUGCAUACGCUCAAAGAAGUGGAAGAAGGAUCAAGGAGCGGGUCAACAAGAUGCUCGAAAAGAAGAAGGAGCUUGGUGGUGGCGAAGAGAAGCCUGGAAAAUUCGUUCUGAAAACCGGAAAAGGAACUCGGGACUACGGACCGGCUCAAUCGGCUCUCCGUAACUCUGUUCUUCAAAAUGUGGUCGAAACGUUCAACAAAUAUGGAGCAGAAACUAUUGAUACUCCUGUCUUCGAGCUUCGUGAUGUGUUAAUGGGAAAGUAUGGAGAAGAAGGAGGAAAACUCGUCUAUGAUCUCCAAGACCAAGGAGGAGAGCUUCUCUCGCUUCGUUAUGAUCUCACUGUCCCUUUUGCUCGAUACUUGGCAAUGAACAAAAUCACUAAUAUUACGAGAUACCAGAUCGCAAAAGUGUACAGACGAGAUCAACCUGUGAUGUCUCGUGGACGGUAUCGCGAGUUCUAUCAAUGCGAUUUCGAUAUUGCUGGACAGUACGAUUUGAUGCUUCCGGAAGCUGAAUGCCUAGGUAUUGUGAACGAGCUGCUCACCAAGCUCGAAAUCGGAGAGUUCUUCAUCAACCUCAAUCACCGAUUGAUCCUCGAAGGAAUGUUCGCUGUCUCUGGAAUUUCGCCAAAAGAUUUCAAGACAAUUUGCUCGUCAGUAGACAAACUAGACAAAACUCCAUGGGCGGAGGUUGAGGAAGAGAUGAUUAAGGAGAAAUUCUUAACGAAAGAGCAAACUUCAAAACUCGGAGAGUUGGUUAGAUUCAGAGAGCUGAACAGUAAUCUCAACAACUUGGAAUUGCUCGAAAAGAUGUCGGCUCUUCCUGAACUCGGACAGAAUGAGAAGUUUAAGAAGGGAGCAGAAGAGUUGAAGGUUCUCAUUGGAUACCUUGAAGUUGAUGGCGUGACGACAGUAAGAUAUGAACCAUCGCUGGCAAGAGGACUGGAUUAUUACACCGGAGCUAUCUAUGAAGCGGUUGCACCAAAAGCAUUGGAAGGAACCGCUGCCGAAAAAGCCGAGGAUACCGCUGGACAGCCGGUCGGUGUAGGAUCAGUGGCUGCUGGAGGACGGUACGAUGGACUUGUCAAUAUGUUCGAUUCAAAACUCAAAGUUCCGUGCUGUGGAGUUUCGUUUGGAAUUGAGCGCCUUUUUGCUAUCAUGGAAGCUCGUCAGAAGUCAGCCGUUCGAACAACCCAAACGGAAGUUUACGUGGCUUCCGCACAAAAGAACAUGGUCAUUGAACGAAAGAAGUUGUUAAGAACUCUUCGUGCCGCAGGCAUUAAGAGUGAAAUGCCAUUGAAGGCGAAUCCAAAGUUGUUGACACAAUUCCAAUAUGCCGAGGAGCGACGUAUCCCAUUGGUGGUGCUUAUUGGAGAACGAGAACUCCAAGAGGGAAUCGUCAAGUUGCGAAAUGUUGUGAGCAGAGAAGAAAAGGACGUUCCGCUCGACUCAUUGGUCUCAACCAUUAGAGAUAAUCUCGCUGCUCUCUAG